UUAGACAUUGUGCGCUCUUACCAGAAAACCCAACAAUGAGUUUGACACUCCUCUGGUUGGUUUUUAGCUUGCAUUUCUCUUCAUCUGUUCACGGCUUAGACAACUUUUCCAAUGAUUCCCUGGAUACAUUUCUUCAAGAUUUUGCUUUCAGAGCACUGGUUCGACACAGGCCUCAAACUGGAGCUUUAUACAAAGCUAGUCUUCCUGCUAAUCUGUCAGGUGUGGAAGUUUCUAUCGCACGCAUCCGAAGCCGGACAUUGUGGAAAAAGGGGGCUAAUCUGAGCAGCUUUCACUUCCCAUCCAGGACCGUUCCAGUUCCUCAUGUCAGAAGGCUGGCAAUAGUGUAUCAGAACCUCGGCAACUGGUCUUCUCAUUACUACAAUGUUUCAGGUUACUCAAUGAUCUCUUCUGUUGUUGGUUUCAUGGUUUUUGACGCCUCAAAUUAUAAAGCAAAAAGUUUAAGAAUUGUCAGCCUUGAUACAAUGGGGAAGCCUAUAUUAAUUCAUUUUUCAAACCUGAAAUACCCUGAUGGGAUGAACUCAGCUGCAGCAAGAUGUGCAGCUUUCAACACUAAUGGGACAGUUCACUUCAGUGACAUGGUCUUGCCCAAUGUAUGUUACACUUCAGAUCAGGGCCAUUUCUCUGUUGUUGUUCGAUUGGAGAGGAAGCAGAGGCCAUGGUAUCCAUGGGUAAUAGGGGCUGUGCUUGGAUUUGCUGGGCUGGUUUUGACAGGUUAUUUUGGCUUGGUAUUUGUUAGACUUUUGAAGACAAAAAGGAUUCAAGCAAUGGAAAGACAAGCUGAUGAAGGUGUGAUUUUUGAUAGCAUAUGGGUUGGUAGCAGCAAAAUGCCUUCUGCAACAGUAACUAGAACUCCGCCAGUCCUUGAGAAUGGAGGUUUUCCGUAACACUUGAUUUAUCUUAUAUAUAUUUUUUAAUCUUAUAUUACAUUUUGUGUAAUAUCUUCUUUUUCUUCUUUGUUUUUUGGCCUUGAGGAGUAUGUGCAGCAGCAUAACUAAAAUAUUAUAAGUGUU